AAAAGAGAGAAAGGAGAUUAGGGUUUUAAGAAUGGAGGAGAAGGUCGGAUCAAAAACUGAUGCCGGAGAUCUGAGAAUCCUUGAGCUAGACCUUCAGCAAUCCAAGGCAAGGUGUGUUCACGAAUCGCACCUUCCUAUUUCGUCAAAAAUGUCCAAGAACUCAAGGACUGUGAUCUUCGCAAGUUUUAGAGUGAAGGCGGUCGAGACUUCCGUUCAAAUCAGAGUUUCAACAAAACGAGAUUUUUGGAGAGAGAAAGGACGCCGCCACGCGUCGGAUGGCAUAAGGAGGAGCACGGUAGAAUCGACGUUAGACACAGGUCGCAUUCCGGCUGGUGAGGCGUGCUCCACAAGUGAGCUGACAUGCGACAAAGCGCGAGAUUCAGGCCAACCCGAGUCUGAAGUGGGCGACUCGAACCGCAUCUGGAGAACUGCCCCGAUACAAUUGGAUUGA